AUGUAUAGAGGAAUAAACUGUACAGCAGUCACCCCGAUCCCAAAGAUAGCCAAUCCUGCUACAAUCAAAGAGUAUAUGCCAAUUGCCUCCUACACUGUUCUAUGUAAGAUCAUAGCUAAAAUCCUUGGAGGCAAAAUCCAGAAGGUGAUUGCAACCAUUAUUAUAGAGACUCAACCAGGAUUUAUCCCUGGAAGGAAGGUAGAUGAUAAUGUGAUUAUGGCUCAUGAAUCGGCAAAAACAUAUACAAGAAAACAUAUCUCACCCAGAUGCAUGAUUAAGGUGGAUAUUCAGAAAACAUAUAACUCUGUGGAUUGGAGGUUCUUGGAGCAAAUGCGGGUAGAGUUGCAUUUCCCUCAAAAGUUUAUCAGAUGGGUGAUGGAGUGUGUUAGAAAUGUCAACUACUCCAUAGUUAUAAAUGGUGAACCAACCCCACCCUUUGAUGCUACAAGAGGACUUUGA